GGAUUCAGCAGCAAUCCAACUUAUGUUGUGCUUGCGACAACAAAACCCAGCAGAAGGAGCCAAUUACUGCCCAUGGUGAUAAACACCUGGAACUUCACGGAUGCCAAUGCCUUUGCCUGGCGCAUUCUGCAGCAAUCAGAGGGCGGAUUGGGACAGACGCGCAAUGCUGUUGUCGAAGGCUGCACCAAGUGCGAGCAGCUGCAAUGCGAUUUCGCCGUGGGCUAUGGCGGCUCCCCGAAUGAACUGGGCGACACCACGCUGGAUGCCCUCGUCAUGGAUGGCGCCACAAUGAAUGUUGGCGCUGUGGCUGGAUUGCAAGGGAUUAAGGAUGCAAUUCAGGUGGCGCGUCAUGUUCUGGAGCACACCACCCAUACAUUGCUAGUUGGCAACUCCGCUUCAGAGUUUGCCAAGUCAAUGGGAUUCCGGUCGGAGUCAUUGGUCACUCCCGAAUCGAAGCUCAAGUGGCAGAAUUGGAAGGUUGGCAAUUGUCAACCAAAUUUCUGGCACGAUGUGCAUCCAGAUCCCAAGAUUUCGUGUGGUCCCUACGAGCCGCAGGCAACUCCCAUCACCCACUGGAAGGAAGAUCGAGCACGCACCGAAUAUCAAAAGGAUUACAAGAAUCACGACACCAUCGGCAUGAUUGCUAUCGAUGUGCAGCAGCAAAUUCAUGUAGGCACCUCUACCAAUGGGCUAGACUUCAAAAUACCUGGCCGUGUAGCAGAUUAGCAUAAUGCCAAGAGGCAGCCAGACUAAGACUGUGAUGAGCACAUACCAAUACUUGGGCAAUAUCUUGGUGUUCUCCUUGCAA